CUUCUGCAUCUGUGAGGGCUACAGUGUGCCUCGCUGUCUCAUGUAUGAGAUUUACGUGGAGACCUGCGGGCAAAACGCUCAGAACCAAGUCAACCCAGCAACGUUUGGGAAGCUCGUGCGCUUCGUUUUUCCUGAUCUUGGCACCCGAAGGCUGGGCACAAGAGGAAGUGCCAGGUAUCAUUAUGAUGGAAUCUGCAUCAAGAAAACCUCUUUCUUCUAUGCCCAGUAUUGCUACCUUCUGGGUGAAAAAAGGUAUCACGAUGAAGAUGUUGUCACUUUUGAAAAAUCUACUAAUUAUAACACCGUUAUCCAACAAGAAGAAACAUGUGAAGAUCAUUCACCCAUAAAGACAGACCAAGUGGGAUCCCCUUUGUCUGAAUUCAGAAGAUGUCCAUUUUGGGAGCAAGAGCUGGCCAAGAAAUACUCCUAUAAAAUGAUGGCCUUUCUUGCUGAUGAGUACUGCAAUUAUUGUCGAGACAUCUUACAAAGCGUGAAGAACCAAGAACUUGACAGGGUGGAGGACCUUCUUAGUUCCUUCUGGAAAUCUCUGCAGCAAGACACGGUCAUGCUUCUGUCACUGCCUGACGUGUGCCAGCUCUUUAAAUGCUACGACGUCCAGCUGUACAAGGGAAUUGAAGACAUUCUCCUCCAUGACUUUUUGGAAGAUGUUUCUAUCCAGUACCUGAAAUCUGUCCGGUUGUUCAGUAAGAAAUUUAAGCUUUGGCUUCUUACUGCUGUGGAAGGAUUUCCGGCCCUCUUACAGAUCUCCAAGCUCAAAGAAGUCACUGUGUUUGUCAAAAGACUCAGAAGAAAGACGUACCUUUCCAACAUGGCUAAGACCAUGAGAAUGGUGUUGAAAAACAGCAGGAGGGCCAACGUUCUGAAGUCGGAUCUGCAUGCCAUCUUCAGUCAAGGUGCUUUGGAUAUUUCCGCGAAGGCCCUGGCAGGUGACCUGAGCCCCACGGCGGACCUGGAGAGCCACACGGAGAUGCAAUGUCUAAGCAGUUUAAUUUCUUUGCUGGGAACGUCAGCAGAUCUCAGCGUGUUCCUCAACUGUCUGUCUUCAAAUCUCCAGGCAUUUGUCUUCCAGCCAAGCAGAAGCAAAGAGGAGUUCAUGAAGUUAGCCGCCAACUUCCAGCUUCGAUGGAAUUUCCUUCUCACCGCCGUGAGCAAAGCCAUGACCCUCUGCCACAGAGACAGUUUCGGCUCCUGGCACCUGUUCCAUUUGCUGCUUUUGGAAUACGUGAUCCACAUACUUCAGUCGUGCAUGGAGGAGGAAGAGGAAGAGGAGGAUGUAGGGAAUCUCAGGGAAAUGCUACCAGAGGGCCAGUCUCUCCUGCAACCAGACCAGGCACUCUCCCACCCUCCAGAACUGCCAGCUCUGGGCUGUGCCAACCUGCUUGCGGAGCCACAGCCGGUGACGCCAAAACACAUGGGCCCAAGCCAGUGCUCCACGGGUGUGAGCAGUUUGGUUCUCCGGGUCCUGGGCUUCCUGGUGGACACUGCUACCGGUGAUAAGCUCAUCCAGGUACUGCUGGAAGACAAGGUCACCGAAAGCGCCUUUAAACUCAACCUCCCUGUGGGCCAGGAAACCCUCAUAACCCUGAAAGACGGACAGAGAUUUGUGAUUCAUGUUUCAGAUGUGUCCCAAAGCUCAGAACACCCUUACUUCCGAGAAAACGAUGCUAGUAUGUCAGACGGUUUGUUUGAAUAG